AUGCGCUGUUUACAAACUCUCUCAGUUAUUGGGGCAUUGAUACUCGCUACUGUCGAUGCCGUGACUCUUCCUGCUGGAGUACCCCGCGAUAUCUCUGAGUUUAGAGAUAAACAUCCCUACACUCCACCCAAGCAUGAACACCGCAAAAUCGUCCAAAUUCGUGCAUCCAAGAACGAUGCAGACGAUGUAUCGGAUGAAUUUAAGAAAGGUGUGCGCAAAGCAAAUGGUGGAGGCACUUUGCACCUAGCAAAAGGGAAGACAUAUGUCAUUGGUAAAGCUCUGGACUUGACUGGCCUGGAAGACAUCCACGUUCAUCUGGAGGGAGAGAUACGAUUCACUGAUGACGUUGAGUACUGGCAAGAGAAUGCCUGGUAUCAUCCGUUUCAGAAAUCUAUCAUGUUCUGGAAGUGGGGAGGAAAGGACAUUAAGAUCUACGGCAAUGGUGUCAUUGAAGGCCAAGGGCAACGGUGGUGGAAUGAAUUCGAGUCUGGAACUGGCUCCAUUCUGAACCCCGACAAUAAAUACUAUCGCCCCAUUCUCUUCUACGCCGUGAACACAACCAAUCUCGAGGUCUCUGGUAUACAUCUCAAAGACUCGCCGUGCUGGAAUAACUUCAUCGUCAGCUCCAAGAACAUCAAGUACACAGACGUUGUCGCAACUGCGCUGUCUAAUAAUGGAAGUAUCAUCCCCAAGAACACUGACUUUAUGAACACCAUGAAUACUUCAACUGUUCGGAUCGAGAGAACUUGGGUCAACAUUGAUGACGACUGCUUCUCGCCCAAGCCGAAUAGUUCAGAUCUCUAUGUUAAUACCAUGUACUGCAACGGCACGCAUGGACAGUCAAUGGGCUCUCUAGGCCAGUACAAGGGUGAGGUCUCCAAUGUCUACGACGUGCAUAUCGAGAAUGUUUGGAUGAUGAAUGGAGAUUACUCUGCCGCUCGUAUCAAAGUCUGGGCUGGCGAGGAAACCGGCACAGGAUUCGUCAACAACGUCACCUUCAAAAACUUCUGGGUCGCUCGCAUGGACUACGGCAUCUUUCUCGACUCAUGCUACUUCAACAUCUCAGCCGAAGAAUGCAACGCUCACCCAUCAGGCAUGAAAAUUACCAACAUUCAUUUCGAAAACUUCACAGGGUACACAUCUGGUGUUUACGGUAAUGCUGUAGCUCGGUUGUCAUGCUCAGCUGCUGAAGAUGCUAUUUGUGCAAACGUUACAGUCAAAGACUUUAAUGUCAAGACUCCGUGCGGAGGAGAACCUGUUAUUAUAUGUGAUGGGAUGCACGGCGAUAUUGGGGUUGAUUGUGUGCCGUAUGAUAGCGAUGAGGCGAAAGCAGCAUUGAAGGCGAAGUGUAAGACUCCUAUAGCGGCGAUUGACACGGAUCCUUGGGGCAGUGGACUUAUUGAGAAGAAGAAGGGGGCUUUCCAUCCACAGUAG